CCAAUAUGUCUUCCAACGCCGCCAACUCAAACACCCUGACCGACAUGAAGGAGGCAGCCACCAGCGCCAUGAACACCGUCAGCGAUACCGUCAGCCAAGCCGUGUACGGAGAGAAGUCUACCAGCCAAAAGGCCGCAGACUCUGUUGAUCGCGCAGGAGAUACGGCAGGUCACAAGGCCGAGAAAGCCAGCAAUACCGCCAACAGCGCCAUCAAUGACAUGAAGAACUAAAUGAACUGCCAUUUGUGAAGAAGUUCAAAGUUCGACUAGCUAUAUUACCACCUCCACUGAGGCGUUAUAGAGUUGUGUGAACAGCCCCUGCCACUUCCGAGUGCGGGCAACAGCUGCAUCUGAAUUUGACUUGCUCUUAAAUACAUUGCAACAUGCUGUCCACGAGCAUUCAAUUGUAUAGUGAUCUAAUUAAGCAGAAGAGACGAGUCUACGACAUUGAUUCUUUUCAUCAAGACUACCUUUCGAACUUGGAAAUGAGACUUGAAAACAAUGCCGAUAAAUAGUAGUAUGGCUAGCAACACUUUUAGAACAAAUAAAUGAAAGUAUUUAUCAGCA